GGGCGAAUAGGCAUAAAAAAAAACAAGUCUAAAACCCGGAUGGGGAUCUUUCUGUGCCUCCUAGACCACUGUUUUGGUGGGGAACACUUGGUUUUACCAUGAAUUAAUUGGAGUGGGGUAAUCGUUUCUCUUGUUUUCCAGAUUUAUAUGCUCAUUCAGAGUGAGAAGAUCAAGAAUGACUACACAUGUCUCUGGUUGGCAAGAUGCUACAUCAUGAAUCGUAAGGCCAGACUAGCCUGGGAGUUGUACCUUAAGAUGGAGACGUCUGGCGAAUCGUUCAGCCUGCUGCAGCUCAUUGCCAACGACGGCUACAAGAUGGGCCAGUUCUACUAUGCUUUCGAUGUCCUGGAAAGAUUGGACCCCAAUCCUGAAUACUGGGAAGGCAAGCGAGGGGCGUGCGUGGGCGUAUUCCAGCAGAUCAUUGCUGGUCAUGAACCAAGAGAAACACUCUGCGAGACAUCCUCCAAAUCUUGCGCAACACCGGUAACCCGCAGGUGGAAUACAUCAUCCGUGUCAUGAAGAAGUGGGCCAAGGACAACAGGGUACCAGUUUCCUGAGGUGGUCCCUAUCCUAGUCUUGAGAUUGUUUAGAUUUGUACAUCCCAAAUGUCCUGCUUCGCAAAGGGAUUUUCCAAAGUAUUUGUUCUUCACAUUGGGAAAUUUGCCUUGAAAUAUUUCUCUAUUUAGCUUUGGCAAGAUGGUUAUGCAGGAGAAAACAACAGUUCUGGAGAGAGGCUUAAGUCUCUCAUGGCAUAAACAAAGUAGGCUUGCCUGGUUAAGCUGGACUGUGUGACUCGGUCAGUGACUCAGUCAACAACUCAGUGACUCGAUCAGCGACUCAGUGAUUCAGUCAGAUUCAGUCAGUGACUCGGUCAGUGACUCGGUCAGUGACUCGUCAGUGACUCGUCAGUGAUUCGGUCAAUGUCUUGGUUAGUGAAUCACUCAGUGACUCAUUGAGCAACGUGGUGGCUGUCAUCAACUCAGUGACUUGGUCAGUGACUCCGUCAGUGCCUCAUUGAGCGACUCAGUGACUCAGUCAUGCAGUGACUCGGUGACUCGGUCAGUGUCUCAUCCCGCAGUCAGUGAUUCGGUCAGUGACUCGGUCAGUACCUCAU